AUGGCAGCUUGGCAGGAGAAAAAAGUGCGAGAGGGCACACGCCUCAGCGUUGAGGACGGAGAGCACCGGCGGGAGGUGUGGGUGGUGGUGCCACUGCUGCAGCGGUUCCGGUGGGUCCCGAAGCGGCGGAAUUACGCCCCAUCUCCUGUGAGGUGGUGGACAGACGCUGGGGAGCGAAGGAUGGCGAGCGUGGGUCCAGACAACGGAGGAAGCUCCGACCAUGAGGACCCAUCGAGAACUCCCACUAUACUACACUGCCGAUCCACCACCCCACUCGAGAUGCUGAGCUGA